AACGGCGCUCGCACCGGCUCGUCGUCUGGCUCGGUGGCUCCGGAAGCUGCGCUCCUUUAUAGUUCUCGUUGGUCCUUGUCACCAUGGCGCUAGCUGUCCUACGGGUUCUGGAGCCCUUCCCGACCGAGACACCCCCGUUGUCAGUGCUGCUGCCACCCGGGAGCCCAUGGCCGGCGGCAGGGCUGGGCCUGGUGCUGGCCCUGCGGCCUGCAAGCGAGGGCCCGGCAGGGCCGGCGCUGCUGGUGGCGGCCUUGGAGGGGCCGGACGUGGGGGCCGGAGAGCAGGGGCCCGGGCCCCCGCCUGCGCUGCUUGGCACUUCGCCGGGGCCCGGGCUCGGACCGCGAGUCGGGCCGCUGCUGGUGAGGCGCGGAGAGACCCUGCCGGUGCCGGGACCGCGGGUGCUGGAGACCAGGCCGGCGUUGCAAGGGCUGCUGGGCCCCGGGACGCGGCUGGCUGUAACUGAGCUUCGCGGGCGGGCCAGAGUGUGCCCAGAGCCUGGGGGCAGCAGCCGGCUCCCACCCCCGCCCGUGGUGUCCUCCUUCGCGGUUUCCGGCACGGUCCGGCGACUCCAAGGAGUUCUAGGAGGAACUGGAGAUUCACUGGGGGUGAGCCGAAGCUGUCUCCGUGGCCUCGGCCUCUUCCAGGGCGAAUGGGUGUGGGUGGCCCGGGCCGGAGAGUCAUCAAACACUUCCCAGCCACACUUGGCCAGGGUGCAGGUCCUAGAGCCUCGCUGGGACCUCUCUGAGAGGCUGGGACCCAGCUCUGGACAGCUGGAAGAGCCCCUCGCUGACGGACUGGCGCUGGUGCCUGCCACCCUGGCUUUUAAUCUCGGCUGUGACCCCCUGGAAGUGGGAGAGCUCAGAAUUCAGAGGUACUUGGAAGGUUCCAGCACUCCUGAAGACAACGGAAGCUGCUCUCCACUGCCUGGGCCUCCGUUUGCCAGAGAGCUACACAUCGAAAUCGUGUCCUCUCCCCACUACAGCACUAAGGGGAAUUACGAUCCUGUUCUUUACCGGCACUUUCAGACACCCAGGGUGGUCCAGGAAGGGGAUGUUCUGUGCGUGCCAACAGUUGGGCAAGUAGAGAUCCUGGAAGGAAGUCCAGAGAAACUGCCCAGGUGGCGGGAGAUGUUUUUCAAAGUGAAGAAAACAGUUGGGGAAGCUCCAGAUGGGCCGGCCAGCGCCUACCUGGCUGACAGCACCCACACGUCCUUGUACAUGGUGGGCUCUACCCUGAGCCUCGUCCCGUGGCUGCCUUCAGAAGAAUCCACUCUGUGGAGUGGCCUGUCUCCUCCAGGCCUGGAGGCCGUGGUGUCAGAGCUCUGCGCUGCCCUGAAGCCUCGCCUCCAGCCAGGGGGUGCCUUGCUGACAGGAACCAGCAGCGUCCUUCUGCGGGGCCCCCCGGGCAGUGGGAAGACCACAGCAGUCACUGCUGCCUGUGGGCGCCUUGGGCUCCACUUACUGAAGGUGCCCUGCUCCAGCCUCUGUGCAGACAGCAGUGGGGCCGUGGAGGCAAAGCUGCGGGCCGCCUUCUGCCAGGCCCGCCACUGCCGCCCUGUGGUGCUGCUGCUGACAGCCGUGGACCUUCUGGGCCAGGACCGCGACGGGCUGGGUGAGGAUGCCCGUGUGGUGGCCACACUGCGCCACCUGCUCCUCAGCGAGGACCCCCUCAGCAGCCAUCCUCCACUGAUGGUCGUGGCCACCACAAGCCGGGCCCAGGCCCUACCCGCUGACGUGCAGACGGCGUUCCCGCAUGAACUGGAGGUGCCUGUGCUGUCCGAGGGGCAGCGGCUCAGCAUCCUGCGAGCCCUCACUGCCCAUCUGCCCCUGGGCCAAGAGGUGAACCUGGCACAGCUGGCGCGGCGGUGUGCAGGCUUUGUGGCAGGGGAUCUCCAUGCCCUUCUGACCCACAGCAGCCGAGCAGCCUGCAGCAGGGUCAAGAACUCGGGCGUGGCUGGCAGCUUGAGCGUGGAAGAUGAGGAGGAGCUUCACGCUGCUGGCUUUCCUCUCCUGGCUGAGGACUUUGGGCAGGCACUAGAGCAGCUGCAGACAGCUCACUCUCAGGCCAUCGGCGCCCCCAAGAUCCCCUCAGUGUCCUGGCAUGAUGUGGGCGGGCUGCAGGAGGUGAAGAAGGAGAUUCUGGAGACCAUUCAGCUCCCCCUGGAGCACCCUGAGCUGCUGAGCUUGGGCCUGAGACGCUCGGGCCUUCUGCUCCAUGGGCCCCCUGGUACCGGCAAGACCCUCCUGGCCAAGGCGGUAGCCACUGAGUGCAGCCUUACCUUCCUCAGCGUGAAGGGGCCCGAGCUCAUCAAUAUGUACGUGGGCCAGAGCGAGGAGAACGUGCGGGAAGUGUUUGCCAGGGCCAGGGCCGCCGCUCCAUGCAUCAUCUUCUUCGAUGAACUGGACUCCUUAGCUCCAAGCCGGGGGAGAAGUGGAGACUCUGGAGGAGUGAUGGACAGGGUAGUGUCCCAGCUCCUGGCUGAGCUGGAUGGGCUUCACAGCACUCAGGAUGUAUUUGUCAUUGGAGCCACCAACAGACCAGACCUCCUGGACCCCGCCCUGCUGCGGCCCGGCAGAUUCGACAAGCUGGUGUUUGUGGGGGCGAGUGAGGACCGGGCCUCCCAACUCCGUGUUCUGAGCGCCAUCACACGCAAAUUCAAGCUAGAGCCCCCCGUGAGCCUGGUGAGCGUGCUGGACUGCUGUCCCCCGCAGCUGACCGGGGCAGACCUCUACUCUCUCUGCUCUGAUGCCAUGAUGGCUGCCCUUAAACGCAGGGUUCACGACCUGGAGGAAGGGCUGGAGCCAGGGAGCUCGACUCUGUCGCUCACCAUGGAGGACCUGCUGCAGGCUGCUGCCCGGCUGCAGCCCUCGGUCAGCGAGCAGGACCUGCUGCGAUACAAGCGCAUCCAGCGCAAGUUCGCUGCCUGCUAGGUGCCUCCACAGCCGGGGCUCACCGCAUGGCCUGGGUACCAGAGAGGCCAGAACAGAAAGGCUCCUCUUCCGGGGGCCCCACAAGAGCUCAAGAGCACUUCCUGACUACUCUGCCCUCUUUCCAGGCUAGCUCUGAAACUAAGGCAGGUCUGCUCAGGGCAAGAAUCAGGCCUGGUGGGGUUCUGGGCAUUGGGCCCAGAGAGAGCCAGUUAUGUAGCUGCAAAGAAAGCCUGUGCUGCCCCCUGCUGGUGAUGUGGCCAAAGGUGGGAGUAGAGAAACACAACUGUGUGAGGAGUAAGUCCUUGGUGGGGUGGGGUGGGGGUGGGGGGCUGGAGCUUGAUGCUCUUGACAAAUAAAUACCAGGCAUGCGGCAGUGAAAAAGGCACAGAUUAUAUUGUUUACCGUUCCGUUUGCCUGAA